AUGGCUAAGGGAAAAGGAAAAGCCGCCAAAGGGAAAAAGAUCACUCUUAAAGUCGCUAAGACUUGUAUCAAAGUAACUUUUGAUGGGAAGUUUCGCCUUGAUCUCAGCAAAAUGGGUCUCACAACUUUCCCCAAAUGCAUCCUUAAACUGAAUGAUGUGGAUGAAUUAGACCUCAGCAGAAACAUGAUCAAGAAAAUCCCAGACUCAAUUGAAAAAUUUGAAAAUCUGCGUUGGCUAGAUUUGCAUAGCAACCAAAUUGACAGACUACCAGAAACAAUAGGAAAUCUACAGAAUCUUGUUUUUCUGAACCUCUGCAACAACAAACUCACAGCUCGGAGCUUGCCAGUGGAGCUAAAUCAACUCAAGAUCCUGCGAAACCUCAAUCUUGGCCUAAAUCAUAUUGACAAUCUCCCAACCACUCUGGGGGCUUUAAAAGAACUUCAAGAAGUUGGAGUAUUUGACAACUUGCUGACUACCAUCCCAAAUAGUAUUGCAAAACUCCCCAAGAUCAAGAAGUUGAAUGCCAAAAGAAACCCUUUCCCUGGGCCCACAGAAGAAGAACUUUUUAUUGACAGCAUCAAGCGUCUUGAGACACUUUACUUGGUGGAAGACAAAGACCUUUGUGGACCAUGCUUGAGAAAAUGUCAGGAGGAGAGAGACAAGUUGAAUAAACUGAAGAAUACUGUGCCUGCAUCUCUUAAAAAGCCAAAUUUUUCAAACCUCAUGGCACCCAAUUCCCUGGCAAAAGAGAAUCAACAAGAAUGGAGGUCAGCUGGAUCAUAGCUGUCAUCCAUAGAUGCAUGGCUAUUCAUGAGGUAAGGGCACAGCAUGGCAACCUUACAUCUAAUCUUUGGAUUUGCAUCUAAGCAAUAAAACUGCUCUUGAUCACA